CGUGCAGGUAGGCGGGAGUUAUUGGUGUGGUAGCGAGAAAGGGCGGGGUUUAUAGUCGGACCGAAAAAGAAGGAAAGCGGAGACACCCGAGAAAACAAACGAUGGCUGCGAUCCGUAAGAAGUUGGUGAUCGUUGGGGAUGGUGCCUGUGGGAAGACCUGUUUGCUCAUUGUCUUCAGCAAGGACCAGUUCCCCGAGGUGUAUGUGCCCACAGUGUUUGAGAACUACGUGGCAGACAUAGAGGUGGACGGCAAACAGGUGGAGCUGGCUCUGUGGGACACGGCAGGGCAGGAGGACUAUGACAGGCUCCGCCCCCUCUCCUACCCCGACACUGAUGUCAUCCUCAUGUGCUUCUCAAUCGACAGCCCCGACAGCCUGGAAAAUAUUCCGGAGAAGUGGACGCCGGAGGUGAAGCACUUCUGUCCCAACGUUCCCAUCAUCCUGGUGGGGAACAAGAAGGACCUGCGGAAUGACGAUCACACGCGCCGGGAGCUGGCCAAGAUGAAGCAGGAGCCGGUAAAGCCAGAAGAGGGCCGCGACAUGGCGCACCGCAUCAAUGCGUUCGGCUACCUGGAGUGCUCGGCCAAGACUAAGGACGGCGUGCGGGAGGUUUUCGAAAUGGCCACCAGGGCAGCGCUGCAAGCCAAGAAGCGCGGAAAGAAGAACGCCUGUCUGCUGCUAUAGAGGGCUGUGGACAGGGGAAGGGCGGGGCAGAGGGGCGAGCAGAAGAGGUGUGAGGUGUGGGGAUGGUAAAGGGAGAAAGCCGCAGGAAAAGAGCUGCUUUUGCAGACAGGCCAGUGUGAUAGAAGGGCAGAGACCUUUCCAUUUACACUUUUUUGUGUCUUCCUUUGAGAGUCAUUUAAGUCGGUCACUUUUCAGAUAAAAAGAAAAGGCUUCUGCCAUUCAAAGAUGAGAGACUGUUCUUGCAGCGUGAAGAUGAGAGCAUGGAUUUCUCUCUGCAUGCUUGCAGGGGUUCCUUCUGUGUGUCUGUGUAGACAUGUAAGUGUUGGUCUGUUUGGUCUGCCAUUUUCUAUUGAUGUCUGAGUCUCUCUGGCUGAGCGUUUGAGGGCACUGACUCAUCCUCUGCCUUUAAUGUGUCUGCUGUUCCCCAAAUCGGGUGUGGAGCCCCUCCCUGCACCUCUCCUCUCGCACGCUGUCCCUUGUCUGGAUUUCCACACCUCUCACAGUCAGGCGUAGCAGAAAAACAAACUGGACAAAAGUAUCACAGAUCCAGUUAAAUAGUUGAACCAACCAGCAAUUUAUUUUUUGAGUUAUUUAAAUAUCUGUUGUUGUUUUUUUGUUGGUUUUUUUAACAUUUGCAUUUGUGUAUAAAAUUCACUUUAAUAAUUACAAAAAAAGCUAAUUCAUCCUGUGAGUGUUUUGUAUGCUUCUUUGGGGGUUGUAGAUUUUUUAAAAUCAAAUUGAGUAGCUUGGUUUCAACGGUUUGUUUUGUUUGAGUGGGGUGUAGAUUUCAAUUUCAUGAAAGGAAGACAACACCUGCUGUGGACCUACAGAAUGCCCUUCUUUGUAUGGGGAUUUGAAAAGGGGUAUAGUUUUGUAAUUACUACAGAAGUAAGAUUUUAGCAAAAUUCUGAUAAUUUGCUGUUUGCUGCACAACGCUUCAGUGCAUUUUGACUGUAGGCACUGGGCAGCUCUACAUUUUGAGUGUAGGCAUCGGCCCGCUCUACAUUUUGAAUGUUCGUAUCGGGCCGCUUUAAAUUUGGAGUGAGUUUUGGUGACGGGGCGCUCUAUAUUUUGAGUGUGGGUGACUGGCCACUCUAUAUUUUGAGUGUGGGUGAUGGGCUGCUCUAUAUUUUGAGUGUGGGUGAUGGGCCGCUCUAAAUUUGGAGUGAGUGUUGGUGACGGACUGCUCUGUGUUUGGUGUGUGUAUGUACAAAAAUCCACUUCCCCUCCAUUUUUUACAGCCCUUUCCCUCUUAUUAUUUUGAUUUCUUGUCUGUUUCUUUAUUUGUUCUUGUACUGUAUAUUUAACCAUGUGAAAUUCUACUGGUUUGUCCUGAAUUUUUAUUCUCUUUUGAAAAGUUUAUAACCUUACAAAAUAAAAUAUAAAAAAGAAUAAAAUAAAUUAUGUUCAUAGGGAAUGACAUCUUUUCUUUAAAAAAAAAAUACCAUACGUAAAAUGUUGUAUGCAGAAAACCUUUUGUACAAAUGAUGCAUAUAGAAAUUUCCUCAGUCUGCUUUUAAAAGUACUUUUAAAAUAAAUUGUUUUUAGGGUU